AUGGUGGUAAGUCAAGGUCUCGGUGGUAGUAGCCCACCUAGGUCCCGAAUCUACACCGACAUCAAGUUCAACGGCGAGUGGGUUUUCCCGCCUUCUUCGGUUACUGACCCGUUGAUGGCGUGGACUCAGCUUCUCUGCCUCCAAGGCCGCAUCGAAGGUAACCAGGAUUCAAGCCCAUCGUCGCCUCCGGCACCAAUGGCAACAAAGCGAUGGAGGCAGUUCGCGACAGUGAUCGAAGAGGAAGAUGACCGUGAGGAUGGGGUUAGGAAGAGGAGGACGCUGGUGAGGAAGCUUGAGGAUGAUUUUGAUCGGGUAGCGACGACGAGUGGGUUGGGCAAAAGUAAGGGAAGGAAGUUGAAGUUCAGUGAAGAGUGUGUUAAUAGGUGA